UCAAUGCCAUAAACGUAAAGCAUCAAAACUGCAAUAUUCUGCCGUGUAAUUUUACAUAUGACUAUUUUGGUAUUACCAACAGCAAAUGAUUGUGAUUUUUUCAACUGAACGCUUUGUAAAUGAAUUGUCCAGCACUUUCUGAUAUUUUUCUUACAGCUAUCAUAAUUUUUUUUGUAAAUUAUUGAGAUUGCCUUCAGAAUCUUUUUGAGAGUAUUCUAAAUUUUUUAUUUUCCUAAUUGAAACACUGCUGAAACUUUUAUGUCACUACUCGCCCCAAAAUGCCCCCCAAACAGUCAGCGAAGUUAUCGGAAGUGAAGCCACGGGGUAAGAAUGGACUGGAGCUGGGACCCCCCUCGGAGCGAGACCGGAGUCAGUCGAGGGAGAGGAGGAAGAAGAAGACGGCCAGACUGGAGUUAGUGGCCGAAGUGCCGGAUGAACAGGAGCUGGAGACGACACUCGAUGAAGCGGAAGAAGUCGACAAUAAGUUCCGAUCGGAGGCGGACGCCUUGUUAGAAGACAUCGAGCAGCGGAAGGUGGCGAGACGCAACCGGAUGAUCCAGGACAAGCUGGACGAGAUCAACGGGAGGGUGGAGACGACACUGGGCAACUACGAGGCAGCAGGGGCAGAGGAGAUGGGAGGGGCCCAGUUCGUGAAGGACAUGCAGGAGCUGAUGGAGGUGGCCACGGACGCCGUCAAGAAACGCAAGUACAUGCGCGAUGUCUCUGUCUUCAUCGUCGGCUUUACUUCCGCAUGUGAACAGAGACUGAACAUUCUAGAACAACUGGAUGUGUUUUUCAAGGAGCAGGAGAAGCAGCCUGAGAUAGAGCACAAGAUGGGGGAGACAGACUUCGACUCCAUCUCCAAGUCUGUGGAGGAGGCCCUCGAGUUCGCACAAGGUAGCAUGGGGAAGCUGGGGGACCUGAACAAGGAGAUAAUUGUGGCUGUGGAAAAUGCAGUGACUGCCAGAGAAAGAGCCAAGGGCAACCAGAGGCUGAAGAAGCAGCUGGACAAGGCCAAGGAGGACAUCCAGCAACUCACAGACAAACUAGUGGAGGUGCAGGCAGAGCUGGAUGAGAAACUGCAGGAGAUGAAGAGAGUGCAGAGACAGAAUGAGGAGCUGAAGAUACACGCCGAGAGGGCCAAGAAACUGGCCGAAGACCUCAAGGUUCUUGACAACGUGGAAGAUAUCAGGGAGAAGGCGCUGGAAGUGGACAUGAUGAAGGAGGAGUUGAAGAGUGUGCAGGCGGAGCUGAGCCAGAAGGAUGCCAUCAUCUCUGGCCUGCAGGAGGAGAUCCAGCGACUGGAGGAGGAGAAAGACGCCAUAAGGGAGGAACUGCUCAGUGUCAUUUCUGUCAAACAGGACACAAUCGAAGCCCUUGAAGAGAAAGUUAGAGACAUGGAGUUGGAACACGCGAGGGAGAUGGACGCCCUGAAGGCAGAGCACGAGGAACAGAUGGAGAGUGCGAGACUGCAGUUCGAACAGCAGAUGCAGGAGGAGAGAGAACUCAUGGCACAGCAUAGUGCCAACCUGCAGUCGGAGCUGGAUGAGACGAAGAGCCAGUUCGAACAACUUCAGGCCGAAGCGAAGACGAUGAGUGAAGAACUCGACCUUUUGAAGAACAAAAAAGUGCAGUUCAAUUUAAACUCUGAGGAGGAAAAAAUAAAUCAGGAGGCGACAAAUUUUCCUAAAAAGGAGGUUUCUUUUGUUGCGAAGAAACUAUUCGUGACUAAAGGAAUCCAGUGCAGCAUUCAGAGACCUAACCGAAAUGCGCUCACGCAAACUCUAAAUAACAGCAAAAGCGCCGUCAAUGUAGCAGCUAUGACACAAAAGCUGGUCGAAAUUGAGAUCCAGGAAGGUGGUGGACGAUUCUCGACCGAGACAGCCAGUGGCAACAUUUUGUUCACGCCUCGGAAGCCUCGCAUGCUAUCCAUUCCAGGAACUGUGCGAGAGAGCAGCUCCAAGAAUGUUCUAGAAAGAAGGGCCUCAGUGACCAUAGGAGAGGAGCCUGAGGAUGAGGAAAUGGAAGAUAUCCAAUUGGCAGCGGCCGAAGAAAGAGCCAAGAAGUUGGAUAAGGUGGCCAGCAAUCUAGAUGCUCGAAUGCAGGACAUUGCCGCAGAGUUCUCCUAUGAACAAUUUGCAAGUUCGAGAAGAAAAAUCAGUUCUUCGGACGAAAACGUUCAAAAGAACUUCUCCCAGAUGGUGGAAGAUUUUGAUCACAAACCCCUGGAUGAAAGCUUCACUUCUAAGGGCAAAUCAACACCUAGAAGGAAGGGAAUCGUGAAAAAGAAGUCGGGAUUGGCUGCUGUUGAUAAAAAUAACAAGCGAGUGUUCCAACUGACUACGAAAGAGAACUCUACUUUGGACCCCCCACUGGAGGAGGAGCCAAUGAAAGAAGCUGAAAAACCAGAUGAGGAGGGAAAAGAUAGAAACAUAUCAGAACCACUUGCAGUAGACGAAAAGGGAGAAAGGAAGCUGCCAAUUGAAAAUGAAAAUCCAACUGACUGGGAUCAAAGAGAAAGAAGACAAGAAGGAGGCUUCACUACUGAAACGAUUGACGCAGACCCAGAUCAAACUAAUGUAGAGAACAAUGGGCCAAACAAUGAUGCGGAAACCAACCAAUCAGAAGCGGACCAAGUUCCCGAAAUGGUCCAAUCGGAAUCGACCAAAUUGAAUCGAGAGCCAACGUUGAAGUUACAAACAGAAGCUUCCGGACUUUCUACAAUAAGUGGUGCGACUAAUGAUGACGUAAUACCUUCAUCGCCAAUGGCAUCUUUGCAUGUGCCCCCAUUUCACGUGACUGUUGAACCCACCGGGGCUCAGAAGGGGAGGGGUGAUCACAUGGAUUUGAAGCCAGCCGCAGGAAGAGGAGUUGCCGACGUUAAGAGGGAUGUCUACAGUAAAAGUAGUUUCGCUGAGUAUAAAUCUGCUCGGGAAGCGAAGAAAAGUUUGUUCAAGGAGGAACCGCUGGCUGUUCGCGGAGAAAGGCUGGGGGAUCCUGAGUACGAUUACCAACUGACCAAAUGGAAACUGCGAAGCCAACAGUUUCAUAAUGACCAGUCGAAUGUGGCCGAGGAUGAACUGAGAGCUAGAUACAAUCAGUACAGGAAACUGGCCAUUACCCACAUCACUCAGCUGGAGGAGAAGGUGGAGUCGAAUAAGGAGUUGGAGAAGCAGCUGUCGGAGAAGUUCUACCAGAUGGAGAAACAGUGGAAUGCAGAGCGGCAGCUGCUGAUGGAGCAGGCGGAGAGGAGCGAGAGUGGGCGCAAGGAGGCGGAGGCAGAGGCUGAACAGACACUCCACCAGCUAGAGACAUUCCUGCACGACAUGGAGAAGCUGCACAAGAUGCGGGACUACACUCGACUGGAGGCGAGACACUUCCGCAAGUUGGAUGAGGACAUGCAGGACCAGUACAUGAAAACCCUCUCCCCCUAUGCACAGGAGGCACUCAGACAGCAGUUGAACGAGGGACCCGGAGACGCCAACUUCGCCAUGCAGACGGAGGAGGUGAUCAAUGAGGCCAAGAGGGGCAUCAAUGGACUGAGGGCAGGCAGUCGCAGGAGUCAGAGGUCCGCAGAGGCACAGAUAAUGAUGAAGUCGGUUCGAAACAUGCGACGCUACCAUUCAAGCAUGACCCCCUUCACUGUAGACUCCUUCUUCGAUCUGUCCGAGAUCGAGAAAGCAGAUCCGAUGCUGAGUGAAUACCUGCGUGCUUAUGACUUCGUUCACGAGUUCAAAUCUACAGUGGCCUUCCUCUUCAAAAAUAAAGCUGUCGACUCGGUGGUGACAAUUCUGGACGAGAUAGAAUUCAUCUCGUUCGACCAGGAUGAGAAUUGUUUCCAGCAGAUAUCCGAAAUGCAACAGCAACUCAUUAUUCUGUUGGGCGAGAUUCUGGGAGUGCUGCUCCGGAUCCUGUUCCAGAACAAAUUGGACCACAGGACUCUGCAGUACUUCCAGAAGCAGUUGCCAGACCUCGUGCCUAGAUCUCUCUACGCUCACAUGGACGACUCAGUGCUGUCGGGAGGAGCAGAGUUGAAACGACUGCAGGACGAAGUAGCUGCACUGAAGUCAGACUUCGAGUCCCAGAGGCGGGAGUUGGAGGAUAAAAUAGGAAAACUGGAGAGUGAUUACGGAGCCAAUAAAGAACAGCUGCGCCAACUCAUGAUUCGUCUGGAAGAGAGCGAGAACAAACUGGCGGAGUUCGAGGCCCAGAGGAGUGCGAUUCUGUUCACAAGAAUGGAUGCUGAGAGGAACUACCGCAACCUGAAGAAGGCCAUCCAGUACGACAAGAUAGACACGGACACCUUCGAGAAGGCCACACACCUCAUCGACAAGUACACUUCACUCCCAGGCCAGCGUCUGAUGACGAUGGUGAAGAGGUACAGUGCACACUGUUCCAUGCGACUGCUGGAGGAGAACAUCAGACGCAUGACUGGCAACAGGGGGGCUCACAUACAACUCAUUCACAACUUCGAACAGUUCCAGCACAAACGUGACUCGCAGUGGCGUGCGGUGAGUGCGGGCUUGGCUGCUCAGAGACAGGAGGCGGCGGAGAAGUUGACCAAGGACUUGGAGCAGAUAGAGCAGCAGAGCAGUGGCUCCAUAUUCCUCAUCAAACCCAUGUUCUCAUACAAAGCCAAACUGCCUUGGAUAAAUAUUUUCCCAGAGCUCCGCAAGAAGACAGAUGGGUCAGGAAAAUACCUGACAGAGAUGGAACUAACUGACGUAUCAGAAAGUAAGCCCCCACCCCAACCCCCAACCACACAUCAACCCCACAAGAAACGUCUUGCUGCGCUACCCCCCAAAGUGCUAGACCCCCAGUUUGUGCCAGAACCUCCGAUGGGCACGGACAGACCUUUUCUUCCGAUGACAAACAUAUACGAAACAGAGUCUGGGUACGUGAACAAUGAAAUGACAGGUGCUGGUUUGAUGGCCGUCGACUACACACAAGUACCCACUUGGAAGAAGAUGGACUCAGUGGCCGAAAACGUGAUUGAGGACAACAUGCUGCUGUCAUCGCCUCACCAUGCCUGGAACACACCAAAAAUGCUUGAACUGGACAUCAAUAGAUUCAUGAUGGACCACAACAGUAUCAUGUCACCGGUUCGGACGCUAGGUAGUUCGGGACGAGCGAAACACCCACGUUCUUACUUGUCAGUGUCUCGCACUAUUCCACAAGAUGCCCUCACUCCAAAAGCUAGAGGCAAAACACAGCCAGAUAGUCCCAAACUGGUUCUGGGUUCAGACGGACAUCAAAGGCUACCUCCGAUAACCAACAACUCAUAAUUUUUUUAACCUGUUUUGAUCCUCUAUGAAAUCUCGCAAAAAGACCAUUAAAGCUG